AAGCGUUCUCUCGCUAAUUUUGGAUUCUCACGCUAAAAUGGCCAAAUUUGAGUUUUUAAGUGCAUUUUUCACUGAGCGGUUAUUAGCAGUGGCUGGAGAAAUCUUCCAAGUAGUUAAGGACACCAUUGCCGAGUACCAGGAAGAAAUCGAUCGUGCCAAACAAGAAAAGCAUCACCUGAAGAAAGUGCUUCUGGAAACGCUGAGCAGCGCUGGAGCGGAUCAUCACAGGAACAGUCGAGCAGUACAUGAAGCAGCAAACCUAAGUCAAGGACCACUGGAUUCGGAGUCCUCAGUAAUUAACGUAAAGGUGGAGUUUUGCACCUUGCAGCAGGAUUCUGAGUCACAGGAGCUAUUCAAUGAUCCACUGUCACGCACUUCUCCCUCUACGUGCUCUAACGGGGCACCAUACCGCUGGCCAGUGAAGACUGUACACGAUAAAGAAGACGAUGGUGAUCCUUAUAACAAUUCAGGAGUUACAGUCAAAUUGGAGCCAUUGGACUCACAGGACAUCUGUUCUGAUGACCCAGCCUGUAAAAUGCAAGGUGAAGGCACACCUGAGAAUCAUUUAGUAGGUUUAACAGAUGGUCAAGGUCCCUCUUCUCGGUGUAACAUGGAAUCAGACGGUUUUUCUCAAGCCAAAACUCAUUUGCAAAAUCAGCCCCCUGAAAGAGCUUUUGUCUGUGAGUAUUGUGGAAAACCUUUCAGGAACCGUGGCCAGUUGAAACAACAUAGAGCAGUCCAUCAGAAAGAGAGGCCAAGACCAUAUUGUUGUGACUUUUGUGGAAAGUGCUACAGUUAUGCACAAGUGCUUGAAGUACACCGCAGGACUCACACAGGAGAGAGACCGUUUCACUGUAAAUUCUGUGGGAGACGUUUUAAUCAGAAAGGUCAUUUGAAGGACCAUGAGAGAAUUCACACUGGUGAAAAGCCUUUUAUCUGUCCAGUUUGUGGAAAAUGUUUUAUUCAGUCAAGUCAAGUCAGGAAACACAUUCGUAAUAAUCAUCAGGCUAAAUAACAACAGUCAAAAGAGCUAUAGUAGUGGAUGACGGUUGAUUUAAAAGGUGUCGAUUCUUGUUUUGUUUACAAAUAUAUGAUCAGUCUGCAGUUUCUGUGCGAGGUUAAACUUUCUUGGAGGACUCAUACUGGUGAUAAACUUUCAUGGAAUUGUAUGCAUGUCUGCAUAGUUAUGUGGCAAAUCAAGUGGUGUGCACUCUUUUCUGCAUGUGCUGAUACUUAAUUGGACAUUACAAGUAGUGCUUUAUCUAUCUACACUGGUGAUCCUGUCACAAGGAAAAACUUAUGUAGAGGUCCCUAAAUAGUCAGAAAACAAAAGAGAAAUUACAAUGCUUCAAUAAAUUAAUAUACAGUAGACUGUAAGUUGAAUCACUUUUCAAAUCAUUUAGAUAUCAAAUGGAAGUAUUUCACUUACAUAUUUUGUCCUGUGUAAUCUUAUGUCAUCAGUUAUAAAAUAAAACAUUCAUGAUUAAUGAUGAUGCUUCUU